AUGUCAUCUACAUUCCCCCUACCGCAGGAAUGCCUCGAGGCCAUCAUCCGUACUCUUGCUUGUUUCCUUGGUAUGGGCUCUGUCGCAACUAUGUUGCGUGUGAACAAAUACGUCUGUUCUAUUACUCUGCCUGUACUCUAUGGACUGGGUCCCAUCUCUGUGUUGAAUAAGAAUUAUCGCAAGGGCUCCCCUGGCUUCAAGCGUCGGCAAAAGUUGAUUGCCACUCUCCUCCUUGGUGUUCCCAAGAUCCGCAUCACCGAACUCCUCCGUGUUACCUUUCUUCAAGACUCCAUCGAUGACCAGGAUCAUUCCCCUGCACCCUAUGCUCCGUACCAUUCGUUUGCGACCGCGAUUUCUUUGAGCAACUGCAACGACGCCUUUGACGGAGACCUUCGCCAGAUCGAUGAGUUUCGCGAUGACUACUUUAGCCAGGACGAUGACUCGCCACCUUCUCAGAGACUGCUCGAUUUUGUGAAGGAUCACAGACUCCUCCGCAGGGACCUCACGUGGGCGUUGUGUUCGGAUGUGGAGCGUCUCAGGUUUCUUGAGAUCCCUGUAUCCGACAUUGACCGCUACCUGCCUUUGAUCGACCAGCUCAAGGCUCUAACAAAGGUGAGGUUCGAGCUAAAUCGAUGGCUGUUCCCCACCAACGUUGAUCUUGACGAGCUGACGCCCGAGCAGCGUACUAUUCUGAGCCACCAGCGAGACGAGCGGAAGCAACACCUCGACCAGAUGGUGCUCUUUGUCCAGGGCCAUCGACGCCACCACGGUAGCGUUCUCCAGGCUGCUACAUGCUCUGGGGAGUACCCUCUCCUCGCCGAAAAGUGCCCAGAUGAGUAUGCGGAGCAGCUUACCCGCCUUCUUCCUCCCCUUCUUGAUCCCCAGGCGCUUGGCAGUAACAAUUGGAACCAGUUUACUACCAAGGUCAAGGAAACUAAUUUAUUGGCCGUCAAGUCGAUCACGCCACCGCAAGGUCAACCAGGAGCAUUAAGUCUGCCUCGACUCCUCGAACAGUCUCCAUUCCUCCAUCGUUGUCGGUCACUCGAGAGUAUCCAGUUGAAAUCUUUCACCGACGAUGUCUUCCAAUGGGCUGUUGACGAACGCAGGCAGCACGACGCCGACAUUUCAGCUGGAUGCACUCCUCAAAGGCCACUGAUCCCUCUCCAAAAUGCUACAGUCAACAACGAGCGCCCUACCGACGGACGCCUCAUCAACGACAUUGGAUACAGCUUUGGCGAGACCCUCCAAUAUCUUGAUGUAAGACCUCUUACAUUUGGAUGGGGCCUUGCUGAUAUCAUUCCAGAUUCGGUCGAGUGCUCGGUUGGAGGUCGCCCGCCUUGGUCAUGCUGGCAUGCGCCCCUGCUGAGUCGUUUGUUUGUCAAUGCAUACCAUAAUUCCCUCCGCAUCCAUCCUCGCCUUUUCGCCCAGUGCCCACAGCUGAAGUUCAUCGAACUUGCAGAUCGGCGCCAGGUGUACUCGUCCAGUGACAUUACUCGAUACGAGCCAGCGGACCUUGGCCAAUUGAUGACGCUCACAUUGCAAGGAUCGCCAGCCAUCUCGUUCCACCCAGGUAUCCUCAGGAACACACCCGAGCUAAGCUCGUUGACUCUGACGAUGGCUGAUAAGCCGUCGUUCAUACCGCCGAUGGCCGAAUUGGAAGAACCUAGGGAGGAACUUGAGGAUGACUCUGUGGAAUUAACACCAACUGCCAUCGGGACAACACCUAGCCCUCCUGGACGAUCCAUCUGGACCUGGGAUUGGGAUCUGCCUAAGUUGACGGACUUGGAGCUCACCUCGGAGUUUGCGUACCGGUUCCAGUUCAAGUUGCUCCGGAGCACACCCUCUUUGGAACGGUUCUUGGUCGACAUCAGGUCUUUGUCUGGCCAGCACAAGAGGACCGUCCGCGUCAAGGACCUUCUUCAAAACACGCAAGACUCGACGGCCGCAGACGACACACAUGACGAAGGCGACGACGAAGCCCUGGACCUGUUGCAGUUGCAAUACAUUCACCUCCCCAACUUGAGCGACUUUUCUCUGAUCGGAAACUGGACUUUGGGUCGACGAAUAUUGACGAUCCUGUGCAGAAAGGUGCUUCCCAAUAGCCGGAAUUUGACUUUGCGGAGGUGUAGCGGGUUUGGUUUGCACGAUUUGGUCAAGACGACCUUGAAGCACCUUCCGAAACUGCAGUCGGCGACGGCAUCUUGCGAAGUGACCCCUGAAUCGGCGUCUCAGGUUGGGUUGGUCAUAGAGUAUGACGGUCGAGGAACAGGCGAUGGUGUAUGCUGCCGUCUUGUUGACCGGUCUCCUGAGGAUGCAACUGAGGAUGCAACUGACAAGGCAAUCAUCGACUGUUACUUCUAUUGA